CGCCCCGGCCGGCGAGGGGCGCGCCCGCGGCCGCGGCCGCUGCAUGGCGCUGGGAUGGCGGGGGCGCCGCGCGGCCGAGGCGGCGGCGGAGGCGGAGGGGGCGCAAGCGAAGGCGGAGGGGGCGCGGGCGAGCCCGGGGGCGCUGAGCGGGCGGCCCGGCCGGGCGGCCGGCGCAGGCUGCGGGCGUGCGACGAGGAGUUCGCGUGCCCCGAGCUGGAGGCGCUGUUCCGCGGCUACACGCUGCGGCUGGAGCAGGCGGCCACGCUGAAGGCGCUGGCGGUGCUCAGCCUGCUGGCGGGCGCGCUGGCGCUGGCCGAGCUGCUGGGCGCGCCGGGGCCCGCGCCCGGCCUGGCCAAGGGCUCGCACCCCGUGCACUGCGUGCUCUUCCUGGCGCUGCUCGUGGUCACUAACGUCCGCUCGCUGCAGGCGCCCCAGCUGCAGCAGGUCGGCCAGCUCGCGCUGCUCUUUAGCCUCACCUUCGCGCUGCUCUGCUGCCCCUUCGCGCUCGGCGGCCCCGCCGGGGCGCACGCCGGGGCGGCGACGGUGCCGGUGACUGCCGACCAGGGUGUUUGGCAGCUCCUUUUGGUCACCUUCGUGUCCUAUGCCCUGCUUCCUGUGCGCAGCCUGCUGGCCAUCGGCUUCGGGCUCCUGGUGGCCGCCUCGCACUUGCUGGUCACCGCCACCUUGGUCCCCGCCAAGCGCCCACGUCUCUGGAGGACGCUCGGGGCCAACGCCCUGCUCUUCCUCAGCGUGAACAUGUUUGGGGUCUUUGUGAGGAUCCUGGCCGAGCGCUCCCAGAGGAAGUCCUUCCUGCAGGCCCGGAACUGCAUCGAGGACCGGCUGAGGCUGGAGGACGAGAAUGAGAAGCAGGAGCGGCUGCUCAUGAGUCUCUUGCCCCGGAAUGUCGCCAUGGAGAUGAAGGAGGACUUCCUGAAGCCCCCCGAGAGGAUUUUCCACAAGAUUUACAUCCAGCGGCAUGACAACGUGAGCAUCCUCUUCGCAGACAUUGUGGGCUUCACGGGCUUGGCUUCGCAGUGCACGGCCCAGGAGCUGGUGAAACUCCUCAACGAGCUCUUCGGCAAGUUUGAUGAAUUAGCCACGGAGAACCACUGCCGCCGCAUCAAGAUCCUCGGAGACUGUUACUACUGUGUGUCCGGCCUCACCCAGCCCAAGACGGACCAUGCCCAUUGCUGCGUGGAGAUGGGCCUGGACAUGAUCGACACCAUCACGUCUGUGGCCGAGGCCACUGAGGUGGACCUGAACAUGCGUGUGGGGCUGCACACUGGCAGGGUCCUCUGCGGGGUCCUGGGCCUGCGCAAGUGGCAGUAUGACGUGUGGUCCAACGAUGUGACCCUGGCCAAUGUCAUGGAGGCCGCCGGCCUGCCGGGGAAGGUUCAUAUCACGAAGACAACCCUGGCGUGCUUGAAUGGUGACUACGAGGUGGAGCCAGGUCAUGGACACGAGAGGAACAGUUUUCUGAAAACUCACAACAUCGAGACCUUUUUUAUUGUGCCGUCGCAUCGGCGGAAGAUAUUUCCAGGGCUGAUUCUCUCAGACAUAAAGCCGGCCAAAAGGAUGAAGUUCAAGACCGUGUGCUACCUGCUGGUGCAGCUCAUGCACUGCCGGAAGAUGUUCAAGGCCGAGAUCCCCUUCUCCAACGUCAUGACCUGCGAGGAUGACGACAAGCGGAGGGCGUUGAGAACGGCCUCGGAAAAACUCAGAAACCGCUCGUCUUUCUCUGCAAACGUGUACACCACCCCGGGCACACGCGUCAACAGGUACAUCAGCCGCCUCCUAGAAGCCCGCCAGCCAGAGCUGGAGAUGGCGGACCUGAACUUCUUCACCCUGAAGUACAAGCAAGCUGAGCGAGAGCGAAAGUACCACCAGCUCCAGGAUGAGUACUUCACCAGCGCGGUCGUGCUCGCCCUCACCCUGGCCGCCCUCUUCAGCCUCGUCUACCUUCUGAUCAUCCCUCAGAACUUGGCCGUCCUGCUCCUGCUGGUGUUCUGCAUCUGCUUCCUGGUGGCCUGUGUCCUAUACCUGCACAUCACCCGGGUCCAGUGUUUUCCAGGGUGCCUGACGAUCCAGAUUCGCACUGUCCUGUGUAUUUUCAUAGUGGUCUUAAUCUACUCUGUGGCCCAGGGAUGUGUGGUGGGCUGCCUGCCCUGGGCCUGGAGCUCCAGUCCCAAUGGGUCCCUGGUGUUCCUGUCGUCUGGCAGGCGGAUUCCAGUGCUGCCUGCCCCGCCCUGCGAGUCUGCACCCCACGCCCUGCUCUGCGGCCUGGUGGGCACCCUCCCACUGGCCAUAUUCCUGCGAGUCUCCUCCUUGCCCAAGAUGAUCCUGCUGUCCGUGCUCACGGCGUCCUACAUCCUGGUCCUGGAGCUCAGCGGGUACACCAAGGCCAUGGGGGGCGGCACCGUCUCCGGGCACAGCUUCGAGCCGAUUGUGGCCAUCCUGCUGUUCUCGUGCACGCUGGCCCUGCAUGCCCGGCAGGUGGACGUCAAGCUGCGGCUGGACUACCUCUGGGCCGUGCAGGCAGAGGAGGAGCGAGACGACAUGGAGCGAGUGAAGCUGGACAAUAAGAGGAUUCUCUUCAACCUCCUGCCGGCCCACGUCGCCCAGCACUUCCUCAUGUCCAACCCCCGGAACAUGGACCUCUACUAUCAGUCGUACUCACAGGUAGGCGUCAUGUUCGCCUCCAUCCCCAACUUCAAUGACUUCUACAUCGAGCUGGACGGCAACAACAUGGGGGUGGAGUGCCUGCGCCUCCUCAACGAGAUCAUCGCUGACUUUGACGAGCUCAUGGACAAAGACUUUUACAAGGACCUGGAGAAGAUCAAGACCAUUGGCAGCACCUAUAUGGCCGCGGUGGGACUGGCGCCCACAGCCGGAGCCAAGGCUAAGAAGUGCAUCUCCUCCCACCUCAGCACGCUGGCGGAUUUUGCCAUUGAGAUGUUCGACGUCCUGGAUGAGAUCAACUACCAGUCUUACAACGACUUCGUGCUCCGUGUCGGCAUCAACGUUGGCCCCGUGGUGGCCGGGGUGAUUGGGGCUCGCAGGCCGCAGUAUGACAUCUGGGGAAACACUGUCAACGUGGCCAGUCGGAUGGACAGCACCGGGGUCCAGGGAAGAAUCCAGGUGACAGAGGAGGUGCACCGGCUGCUGCGGCGGGGCGCGUACCGCUUCGUGUGCCGAGGCAAGGUCAGCGUCAAGGGCAAGGGCGAGAUGCUGACGUACUUCCUGGAAGGCAGGACCGACGGAAACGGCUCUCAAACUAGAUUCCUGAACUCAGAGCGGAAAAUGUGUCCUUAUGGCAGAGCCGGCCUCCAGACCAGACAGGCCACGGGCCGUCCCCCAGUGCCCCCCGUGGCUGGCUUCCCGGUCACAGCCGGGCUGGCAGCUCUGCAGGGCUCGGGGCUCACCGCCCAGCCCCCUGGCCCACACCUGCCCCCUGGAGCAGCUGGGAAGGAGGCUUAGCAGAGCCCACGCUGGCCGUUGGGGACACAGGGCAUGAAUGCUCGGGGUGUCGGGCCCGUCAGGGCUCCAACAAGGACCAGCCCGGCCAGCAGAGCAGGGCCGGGGGCCAGCAGCCAGAUUGGGAAGGGGGCGCUGUCCAGGCGGGACCCAAAGCAGCUGGGCGGUGACUCAGGUGAGGGGAGAACCCCGUCCACACGGACAUGAGGCCUUCACGGCAGCCGUACUUGCUCCAUCCUCUCCUUGGCAGCAGAGGGAGCAGGCUGCCCUGGGGUUGGCCAGGUCAGCAUCAGGCGUUGGGACCUUCAGAACAUCCACCAGAGCUGCAGCAAGAGCUGUCGAGGUCUGCCUGGCUGGUCUUGAGCCCUGAGACGGAUCCGCAUCAGUCCAGCAGUGGCAUCUCCAGCCCUGGGCAGUGGCCUGCAGGAGCCUGGAGAAGGGGGCAGGCCUUGACUGGCAGGGCCAUGAGGGCUGGGACCAGACCUAGAGCUGGCGGGGCCAUAGACAGACGGUUCGGGGAGAAUUGAGAAGCCCCUGUCCCACUACACAGAUGGUGGUGGCCGCUGGCUUUCUUGAAGAGCAAUUUUUUGCUAAGAGCCAGAGACGGGUCUUCUGGAAUUCUCCAGGGCCCUGCAGCCACAUCUCUGAAUCAUGACCAGCAUCAGUUCCUUUUCUGCCUGUGCGCUCUCCACCUACCCCACCUGAGGGCAUUGGCUCCUGUAAACCUGGGCAUUCCCCUUCUCUGCCUGCGUCACUGGGUUUGUUCAAAGGAGAAAAAGCGGUUGGCGUCAUUUCUUACCUUUCCUUUCGGCCAUGGCGUCUUGGGUUCCUGAAUGUUGAAUAGCAGUGCAAGGCUGCAUUGAUUUUGAAAACAAGUGAACUUCACAACCAUGAGAAAGUCUCCUUGACGGAAGAUGUUUCUGUGGCGGAACCAGUUCCUUCCGGACUUAGCAUUUUGGAGUGAGUUUAUGGCUGUAAAUCCAGGUGUCCCUGCUCUGAUUUGCAGGGAAAGUGACUGCAGGUCAUUCUGUGGAUUAUCCCACGUGCGCUUCUCCACCAUCGCCGUGGAGAUGGAGACUGAGGACACGCCACGAUGUGCUGUUGAGGGGACAAGGGUCCGGGAGAGCCAGUGGGAAGGGACUGGCCAGAAAUAGUCAGAUGAGGCCUGGUAUGUGGAGACCUCAGGUCUCGACUGCAGGAAGGAAGGCAGCUUGAAACUGGAGGGAAGGUUCUGGGCAAGUCAGUAGGGAGACGGACGCUGAGACCCACAGCUCCGAUGCGCAGCCAGGAGGGUUCUGUGGGCUGCAACUGAGUCCUGCUCAGUCAAAGACAGCAGGCCUGAGGGGCCCACCCCUCACUGAUCCUCAGGGGUCCACCCCCUCCCUGGGGGUCCUGACCUUUCAGGACAGGAACAGGGGCUCACUCUGGACUGAGCCCCAUGGGAGUGGCUGGUGGCAUCCCCGGGGAGCUCCCAUCGUGGGCGUAUGAGGUGUGGAUCGACUCCUGCCCAGAUGUGUACUGUGUGGGGCAGCAGCCCACAGGCAGCAGGGGCUUGGCUGUCCCUGGGGGAGGCCAGCCCAGGGGCUCUGCAGGGUAGCCAGCAUGGCUGGCCACGAGGUCCUGUGGACGGGCAGUGAUGUGGACUCGGGCUAGAGGUGGACAGGUGAACGGUCUUCAUCAGACAUGUUCUGGUUCAGCAUCAUGGCGCCUCCAUCCUGAGAACCGGCCCUAUGCUGGGCCAGUGACAGCCCUGGCUCCGUUGAGAAGGACUCAGUGGCCAAAUUUCCCCACCUCCCCUUAGGGAAGUGGCAAGAUUCCUUCAGGGGAAACUGAGUCAUCUCAGGAGCCCUGAGGAGCCCAGUGCCUGCUCUUGGUUCUGCCCGUGGGUGCCUGCGUCUACACUCGGUGGCAGAGCUGAGGCCUUUGCCAGGGCCCUGCUGCUGCCUGCUCAUUGUAGCUGAGCUCCCAGCCCAGGGCAGUGCGGGGGUCGGGUGAGCAGGAAAGGGGCCCAGCCCUUUGAAUAUGCUCUGUCACAUGGCAAAUGGGGCUUUGCAGAGGGAAUUAAGGGCCUGGGCUGUAAGCUGGGGAGAGGAUCCUGCACUAUCCUGGUGGGCUCAGUGUAACCUCAUGGCCCCUUAGAAGUGGACGAGGGAGGGAGGGCAGUCAGCACGAUUCACAGCAUGAGAUCUCUGGUUUAAAGAUGGGGGGCCGUGGUUGGUCGAGGGUGAGGACGCCUCAGCCAACAGCCAGCAAGGAACUGGGUCGUCACUCCCACAACCGCAGGCGCUGAAUUCAGCACCAACUCAAGUGAUCCAGAGGCAGGUGGAGCCCGAGUCUCUGGGGGGGAGAGCCCCGCCAGUGACCCCAGACUUCCCGGGAGACUCUUGGCCGUCAGCCCAGCCUCGCUGUGCCUGGCCCUCGGGUCCACAGAACCAAGAGACCAUGCGCGUGCGUUGUGCAAGGCCGCCUGUUACGGCAGCAGUGGGAAGCCAUCCCAUCUGGGCCUCGACUGUUCGGAAACAGCGAGGUUUCUGCUUCAGUGAGCGAUACCACCUUCAUCAUCAGCAAUUCCAAACCCUACUUGCUGCCUGUGGGCAGGAGCCGGGUUUAGCCAUAAUGUUCCUUGGGUUUGGUGAACACCACUUCCUUUCAUUUGUGAUAAGACUGUAUGAUAUUGCCUUAUUUAUUUUUAAUCUUGUACAAUACUCAUGUACAAACGUUAGAGCCCUCUGAGUAGGAUUCUCUCUAAGUUAUUUAUUUUGAGAUGCUCUGUAAAUAGUGCACCAGUUACAGGUGCCGCCUGUUCCCUCCUACCAAAACAGGGAAAAGCCCAACCCUGUGUGCACAGCGCACAGGAGCCCGGUGUGUGAUGUCCUCAUGCAUCGAUUCCUGCUUGGCGAUGCUGCUGCCCUAUAGAAUGACCCUGUGUGUCCCUUUGUGACCUUUGCAUGCCUCUUGUGCCCAACCUCAGUAGAGUAGAAUGCAGCCCAAACUUCCAAAUGCUUCCACAGACCACCGACCCUGGACUGGUCCACUCUGCAGGGGUCUGUGUCCUGCAGAGUGGACGCCCCCCACAGACCCAGCCAACUGGAGCCUGCCGUGUUUAUCAGACUCAGAAGCCACCAGGGCUUCCAGACACCUUCUGUCACUAGAAGCAAUAAUUCUAACUCUGAACUGUAGAGACAAGUCUGGUCCAAAGCCGGUCCAAAGUUCAGACACAAGCCACGUGUGCAAGUUUGCCUGAAUUGAACGGCACUAUUGGGGGCUGGCACCCCCAGGAACCCCGACCUGUGGGGUUUGUUGUCAGCACCCCGGGAUCAGCAGCAGAGGCCCAGCUUCUGCCCUUGUCAGGUCAUCCUUGGGGUGAGGAAGGAGGGAGGCAGGGGCACCCCCAGGUCUGUGCAGAUCCGUGACUCUCAUUACAGUGAGUCCACGGCGCUGUCCCAGUGGGAGCCGAGCCCUCUGGCCAGGACGCCCGUCUUCUGUGGGAGAUCGUGGUUCAUGUGUGGGCUCUGGGCUUGGACAGGAUCCAGCCAGCCUUCAGAGACACCAUGUUCUGUUUCUGCCUGGUGGGAAUACUGUGCUGUCGUCCCAAUAGCAACCUAGAAAUAGCAUUUAAAUCCCUGCUUUCACCUGCCGCUUGAGAAGGAAGGGUUGGGUUGGCCUGUCAGCCCCAUGUUUAGGUUUUCUCCCGGGCAGGUGGACCCGUCUCUACACGGCAUGUUCCUGUGAUCCCCUGGGUCAUGGGAUCCUACUGGUCUCUACCUGUGUGGCAGGCCCUGCCGGCGACACACAUGCACGCACUUAUAAGGUAGACAUUGCCGUGCGCCUGCCAUGCCGGUGCGGGUCACAGGGAAUGAAGUUCACGUGCACACACAAGCCGUGCAUCGAGCAGCACUGUGAUGAGGGUGGGUCACAGAAUCGCUGUUAGUACUUUUAAUUCUGAAAUGUGCAGAGCUGUGGGCUGUGUAUAAAGAAACGCCGGGAAACUGACUUGUCGCCGGUUGUGUAAUGGCUUCAAUUAAAAAACAACAAAGCAGAAAACAAAAAAAUCAACCUUCUUAGAGACAAUUGGUUUCAAGAUGUUUGCUUUGGUGAAAUAAAUCAGGGGUGAGCCGUGGUGGCUAGAAGCUGGACGCAUGGCAGUAUCCCUGGGCCCGGACAUCCUGCCUUCCCAGCUGCAAUUGGCUUUGAAAGUUCAUGUUGGAAGUUGAAGGCAGCAUCCCCUGGUUCUCCUUUAGAACUCCAGGUUCUGUGGCGAGUGGAUGAAGACAAGUGUGAUGUUUCCUCACACUACCAGUUUCGUGGGGUUUGUGUUUGUUUUCAUGGGUCCUUAGGCUGGAUGUCGGUUUAAAUCAGAUUCAGGAUGGGCCGAGGGCUAUGGUGGGGGCCCCAGAGGUCAGCUGGCAGGACCAGGGGCCCACACUGGGCCGGCCUGGGUGUCAGGAGGCCAAUUGUGGUGGCUCAGGCCUCCAAGUUGAGUUCAGGAGACAAGAAAGAGGCAGGUCUUACGCAAGGAAUGCUGAUACCACAGUACCCAUCACUGCAGGACGCAUGCCAUGAUGAAAGGCCAUGGCCAGGUGUCCACAGUUAGCCAAGUAGACAGGAAAUGGA